UAACUUCUGCCACACAUACACGAGCCCUCGUUUUGACCCCAUGAAGAACCGAUCAUUAAAACUUGCGUUCCCUUAUAGUGACAAGAAGGAGGAGGAGGAGGAGGAGAACGAGGAAGAUGCUGAGCAGGUCCUGGAUGAUGAAGACGCUCUGUUUCAGGAUGACCCUGAUGAUCUCAACUAUCGGCCUCUGAGCCAGAGUGGUGCAGAGGAGGAAGAGGGUCUGAGUAGUGAUGAAGAUCUUUCUUUUAGAGACGACUUAAAUGACCAGAGCUAUGACCCGAGGGAUGAAAGGGACGUUCCUAAACCAAAGCGUAGAGCUCCUCCAAGACAGAAGGAAAAGAAGGACAAAGACAAAGCGCCCAAGAAAGAAAAGGAGGCGGCUGAGAUCAAGGUGGAAGGCUCAGACAACUUGGAGGACGUGCAGGAAGACGUUAAGCUGGAAGAGGAAAUAACCGACGAUCCCGAUGGACCCAGGAAGAGAGGUCGCAGGAAAAAAGACGACAAAACGCCUCGGCUGCCGAAGAGAAGGAAGAAACCUCCUGUCCAGUACGUUCGCUGUGAGAUGGAAGGAUGUGGGACGGUGCUGGCUCAUCCUCGCUACCUUCAGCACCAUAUAAAAUAUCAGCACUUGCUGAAGAAGAAGUACGUUUGUCCUCACCCUUCCUGUGGGAGGCUGUUCCGCCUGCAGAAACAGCUGCUGCGUCACGCAAAACACCACACAGACCAGAGGGAUUACAUCUGUGAGUUCUGCGCUCGUGCCUUUAAGAGCUCCCACAAUCUGGCCGUGCACCGCAUGAUCCACACCGGAGAGAAGCCCCUGCAGUGCGAGAUCUGCGGCUUCACGUGUCGUCAGAAGGCGUCCCUCAACUGGCACAUGAAGAAGCACGACGCUGAUGCCACCUAUCAGUUCUCCUGCUCCAUCUGUGGGAAGAAGUUCGAGAAGAAGGACUGCGUGGUGGCCCACAAGGCCAAGAGCCACCCGGAGGUUCUGAUCGCUGAGGCGUUAGCCGCUAACGCUGGUGCCCUGAUCACGACGCCCGCCUCCCUGCUGGAGCUCCCAGAAAACCCCGUACAAGCCGAGGUCACCGCCAUGGAGGUGAGCCACGGGCAAGAAGGUCACGUGGACCAGCUGGGUCCGGAUGGGCAACAUGUGAGCCACAUGGUCCAACAGGUGAACCCUCAGGUGGUUUUACUGGGACAAGACCAGAGUCUCCAUACGAUGCAGGUGCCGGUAACUAUUGCCCUGUCCCCAAUCGACCCCCCUUCUCCAGCGGACAGCCAGCAUCACCUCCAGCUCCAGAUGCCCAUCCAGUUCGUGCAGACCGCCCAACAGGUGCAGCAGCCCCACAUCCAGCAGCUGACCCUCCACCCCAGCCCGGUGGUGACCCAGCAUCAACCCCAGCUGCAGCCUCUGCAGCCGUACCCCUCCCAUCCGCAGAGCCAGACACAAAUCCUGCAGAUGACCUUCCAGCCGGUCAGCCAGACCCACGUUCGUCAGAUCCCCAUAUUAACCUCCUCCCAGCAGCUUCACACCCUGCAGCCAGCUGCUCCAAGCCCCCCUCUGCUGUCCACCCCCCAGCAGUCCCAGGACCCAGCCUCCACCAACACCGACUGCUUCAUCCUGGACAAUCCGGUGCUCUCCUCUUCGUCUCCGUCAGGCAGCUCCCUCCAGCAGACGGAGGGGGUCGGUGAGUGCGGGGUGGUCUGGGAGCAGACGGGACAGGGGGGAGUUCUGUCUGAAAGCACUGAGAGACACAUGCAGCAGAUGAUGUAG